CUCAAUGAAGAAAGAAGACAACAGUAUGGUCAAUACACUAGCCUCCUGGGUGCACAACUCAGAUUAGAAGACCCUGCUGCCUUCAGAAACUUCACGAGAUUGACCCCUGAGGUGUUCGAUGAUAUCCUUGAGAGAGUGGCACUAGUCAUCCAGAAGCAGCAGACUAACUACAGGACACUGGCAUAUGGAUACCGAUGUGGUACCUCCACCAUAUCAGAGCUGAUUCCGGAAGUGUGCAAGGCCAUUGUACAGCCGUAUAAAGAUGAAGUCUUCAACCCACCUACCUCCCCUGAAGCACGGAGAAACCUUGCCCAGCAGUUUGAACAGAGGUGGAAUGUCCCCCAUGCAGUUGGUGUCUUGGAUGGAAAACAUAUAACCAUCAAGAAGCCAGCAAACACAGGCAGUCUCUCAAACAACGGAAUAGGAUGGGAUGGGAUGGGAUAG